AUGGGGUGGCUCCACUCCCUCUUCUCCCCUCUCAGGAGGAUGUGGGUGAGGGCGCAUUCCGAGCGCCGCAACCGGAGGGGAAUGCACAUCCUGUACAAGGACGUGCAGUCGUGCCAGGACGAGGACGUGCACGUCCUCUGGUCCAUCCUCAUCGACUCGCACCGCCACCCGGCUGUCCUCAAGCUCAAGCUCUGA